CGCGGCUCCGCACCUAGCCGGAGCCCGGAGCCGGAGCCCCAGCCCGGCCCUGCUCGGGCCGCCGGGCGCGGGGCUGCGGCCACGUCCCGGAGCCGCCGCCAGCACAGCCAGGUGCUGUUGGGAACACAGAGGAAGUGACUGGCUGGGGGUUCAGGGAAAGCUCCGUAGAAGAGGGAACACUUGAGCUGGGUCUUGAAGGAUGAGUAGAAGUUCACCAAGUGGGAAAGGACACCCUAGGAUGGCCGAACCUCGAUUUAACAACCCCUACUUCUGGCCCCCGCCUCCCACCAUGCCUAGCCAGCUGGACAACCUGGUCCUGAUUAACAAGAUCAAGGAGCAGCUGAUGGCGGAGAAGAUACGGCCGCCUCACCUGCCACCCACGUCGGCCUCGUCGCAGCAGCCGCUGCUAGUGCCGCCGGCGCCGGCCGAGAGCAGCCAGGCGGUCAUGUCGCUGCCCAAGCUGCAGCAGGUGCCUGGGCUGCACCCGCAGUCCGUGCCGCAGCCCGACGUGGCGCUGCACGCGCGGCCAGCCACCAGCACGGUUACAGACACCCAAGAAUUAUGGGGCCCUGUGAGCCUCCCCCAGGCCCCAGCCACACUCUGCACAUUCCCCGUUGGUCUGGGGCUGUCCUCCCGGACCCCGGCUGUGAGCACAUCCGAGUCCAGCGCGGGCACCGGCACCAGCACCCCGUCCACACCCACCACCACCAGCCAGAGCCGCCUCAUCGCCUCGUCCCCCACCCUCAUCUCAGGGAUCACCAGCCCCCCCCUCCUGGACUCCAUCAAGACAAUCCAGGGCCAUGGCCUGCUUGGCCCCCCCAAGUCCGAGCGUGGCCGCAAAAAGAUCAAGGCGGAGAACCCAGGGGGCCCGCCCGUCCUUGUAGUCCCCUACCCCAUCCUGGCCUCAGGCGAGACUGCCAAGGAGGGCAAGACAUACAGGUGUAAGGUCUGCCCGCUGACCUUUUUCACCAAGUCCGAGAUGCAGAUCCACUCCAAGUCGCACACAGAGGCCAAGCCCCACAAGUGCCCGCACUGCUCCAAGUCCUUUGCCAACGCCUCCUACCUGGCCCAGCACCUGCGCAUCCACCUGGGCGUCAAGCCCUACCACUGCUCCUACUGUGACAAGUCCUUCCGACAGCUCUCCCACCUCCAGCAGCACACCAGAAUCCACACAGGCGACAGACCCUACAAGUGCCCGCAUCCUGGCUGUGAAAAGGCUUUCACUCAGCUCUCCAACCUCCAGUCUCACCAGCGUCAGCACAACAAGGACAAGCCCUACAAGUGUCCCAACUGCUACCGCGCCUACUCGGACUCCGCCUCCCUGCAGAUCCACCUGUCCGCCCACGCCAUCAAGCAUGCCAAGGCCUACUGCUGCAGCAUGUGCGGGCGGGCCUACACCUCGGAGACCUACCUGAUGAAGCACAUGUCCAAACACACGGUGGUGGAGCAUCUGGUGAGCCAUCACUCGCCCCAGAGGACGGAGUCCCCCGGCAUCCCGGUGCGAAUUUCCCUCAUCUGAGCCGACCCAGGCGCCGCCCUGCCCACUGGCAGACACAGACCCAGGCAGCACCGGGCCCCGCCCCCCUCUAGGGCCCUCCUGGAACAGCCGAGCUCUCUCAUGACCUUCCUGACCUUCCAGAAAGCCUGGGCCGCAGAAGCCCUGCCCGGUCUUGCUCCCGGGGUGGCCAGGCCAACUGCAACAUUCUGGACUGUUUGGUGGCAUCCAAAGACAAUCUCAGAGCACUUUGAACCUCUCUGUUGGCUUUUCUUUUUCUCCCCCACCCUUCACUUGCUUCACUGUUUUAUUUUUUUUUUAGUUUGUUUUGGAAAUAACAAAAAAGAUAUUUAUUGGCCAAGAAGUUGGUGCUGCUAAGACCGAGAAAUGAAAAGAGUCGGACAGAUGGACACAGAGAACCAGAGGGCAGCGUGGGAACUUCUCUUGCCAUGGCCUUAGGUCUGGAGGGAAGGCUCGGGCCUGGGUUACUGGACUGCAAAGGGGGCCCCUGGUGGGAGGGGCAGGAGGCAGCUAGCGUGAGCCACUCGCCCUGGGUGCCCAGCUGGAGCCCUGAGCGGCAUGCGCCCUGGGCAACACUGACCAGAGGGAGGCAGCAGCCACCCAGGCUUCAGGAGGCGAAACGAGAGAGGGGCCACCCGGAGAUCCGGAGGACCAAAGGGUGCAGCGUUGGGCUGGGCUGGGCGCCAGCCCAGGGAAGCGGGGUGGGGGCGGGCUGGGUGAGACCUGGCCCCCCGCUGCCCUUCAGACCACCCCAGUCUACCUCGGUGCUGGCCAGGAAACCUAUUGCCUACCUCUCCUGCCGUCCCAGACUGUGGGCCGGGGGAUGGGGAGGGAGUGGGUCUGGGCCUAGGACCCCCUCCGUAAUUUCCUCCAGAUGGGGCACUUCCCAGGGAGGGGUUAUUUGUCUUCCCUGCCAUGGAGGGGGAACCCCCAGCCCAGGCCCUAGGCCCCUGGGCAGGGAAGGGAUCCUCAGAAAGGAGGGUCCCCAGGAGCAGCCCUGCCCUCAGCCCCCACAGACACACCCCAAUCUGAAAGCCAUGCGUGUCCGUGUAUAUAGGAACUAUGUACAGAGCCCGGAGAAGCCCCCUCCCUCCCCCGGGAAAAAAAAAAAAAAGAAAACUAGACAGAAACUCAUCUAUAUAUUCUGUAUCUGGAGUUCCGUUUUGAAUAUUAACUGUGUUAUUUUUAUACACUUUUUAAGCCUUAACUCACCAUUGAUUUACCAGUUUAACGUUUCCUGGGGUUUCUUUUCCCACGGGGUUCUCUGCCCCCACCCCCACCCCUUUGUUUGACUUGCGUCGUCUGAUACUCAGUAUUGUAGCUUUUGUCCGCAUGUUACUACCCUGUAAAUACGCUGUUAUACAUACUGUUAACACCCUUUGCUUUUUCUGCGGGACCUCCAGGCCACCGUACUUAGGACUAGUUACCUUAUUAAAAAAGAGAAAACAGUCUGUUGGCUUCUCAGUCUGCAUCUUGGUGGCAGGGAGGUGAGUGCAGGCGCCCCUCAACGCUUCAGGAAAGAGGUUUGCAUUAUAUUUAAGAAAAGGGGUGGGGAGUAAAAAAAAAAUCAAACGUGGGGGAAAACACUAAAGGGGGCAAGACACAAAGGAAUUCCGAACCCUCUGCUCUUUGUAUUUCUCUGUUGUGAAGAAUAAACUGUACCUGCACCCGG